AUGUCUUACUGUUCAAACUCGUCUUUGGCCUUUGGCCUCAACUUAUUACGUGUCUUCAAGAGUGUCAUCACUCGUACACAAGUAGGUCUCGAUAACAAACUUGUUCCAUCUAUCCUGACUGUCGCUAAGAAGUCAAUUGCGGUCAAUGAGACUUCAUUUGUGACUGCUACUAGAUAUGAAGUCAGAAGCUUGAGGUGUGAACCUCUGACUUUACCUUCAUCUGAACGUGAGCCUUCUGUCACAGAGCAGCUAUCAGUGGACUUUUCAGUCCCUUCCAUUUUGUUCAAAGAUGAAGUUCUCGUCUCGUCUUCAAUCAUCAAAGAAGAACCUUUGAAAAUUAUCAGUCCUCUUGCGAAUGACUCUCUUUCGCAAUCAGCUGUAUUACCUAAUAUCCUUGUCGAGGCCGCACUCGAACCUCUUGCGACUCAGUCCAAACACGCACCUACAACCUUCAGCUCAACUUCUGCCCCCUCUCUAUUUCUGGCUUUCUUAGAAGCUUCACACCUUGAGGCAUCAAACAGAUUACUAGCAGAAAAAUCAAAGUCAGAACCUCUAGAUUUAGGAUGCGCUCAAUUCAACUCUGCCUACUACCGAAGACAUCUUCCUCCAGCCCUGCCUCGAUUGUCUACCAGCAAGAAAUCAAAGAAGGCUUUUUGCUGGAGAGCCACGUUGGAUGCAAUCAUGAAGGAAUCAGGCGAAGAAUGUGAUGAAAUCUUGGAUGAGCUCGUCGAGGAAAGUGGUACUGAAUCAAAUCGAGACAUCUCCGGAUCUUCCACCUCAUCUUCUUCUCAUUCGCGCUCUUCGAGUGUUUCUUCGUACACAACUUGUAUUGGAUCGCCAGUUCUUACCUCCAUCUCAUCAUUCGGGCAACUUCAACAAAAAGACACUUCAACAACAAUCACUAUUCAAGAGCCCAUUUGCAAUCAUCCUGAUGUUACUCCAAUACGCCCAUCACCCUCAUCUUUCUCAUCUUGUAAACAAUCUUCAUUCCUGGAUCUCAUACAAUCAUUGAACCAGCAGAUGAUCAACCGGAUGGAAAAAGAAAAAUUUGAAAAAUCGACUCUGGAUGUGGGAUGUUCACAAUUUAAUUCAGCUUAUUAUAGAAGACAUCUUCCUCCAAGUCUUCCGGCAUUAAAAUCCAACAAAACCUUUUGCUGGAAAUCAAAAUUGGAUCAAAUGAUGAAAGAAGAAGGGGUUGAGGAUAUAUCAGUUGAGAUAGUUGAUCAGAGUACCAUCAAGCCUACAGUGAUCUGUCUUCCUUCAAUUAACACCUCUUCUUCUCAUGUCCGCUCUUCAAGUUUUUCUUCUGAUAUCACAGUGGUGGACACACCUACUUUGAUAUCUUUUCCAAAAGAUAGUUGUCUAUUACCGUCCACUGUAGAGCUGUCAUUUUGUCUGGUUUAA